AUGGGUAAUUCCGUAGCUAAUGCAACCAAACCAGAAACAUCAUCGGUUGUUAAUAACACUGCAAAACUAACUUCCUUCGUUUAUAAAGACCUAGUCUUGCAUGUACAAGUCAUUCAACAACAAACGAUUGAAGUAGCGAAAUAUAUUGAUGAUCAAUGCAAAACCGAUGAAAAAAUACGACAAAAAUUGAAAUCACGUUCAUUCAUAUUUGUUGAUCCUUAUGGAAACCAAACAACGCAUAAGUAUUUAGAUCAUGAAAUGAUGAAUACAAUAUUUAGCAAGUACAAAAAAAAUUAUGUUCCGAAAUAUUUACAAAAAUGGAUAAAACUUGGAAAAAUCAAUGAAACCGGUAUUUCACCAUUGAAUGAAAAUGAACUGAAAUCGUCAGUAUCCGAACAUGAUGAUGGUUAUCGAUUUGUUACAUGUGGCGAAGUCAACAUAUCCAUUAUAUAUCGAGAAGACGUACGACCUCAAGCAUUAUUACUACCAGUUUUACUGACAGACAACUUAGCAAAGAUUAAAAAACAAAUCCAGGAACUUACAAAACUGAAAACUAUGCAAUUAAAAUCGCUGCUUUUAAAAGAAAAUUGUCCAAUGAUUACAGCAUCCUGGAAUGAAGGUAAAACACUCAACUCUAAUGUCACUGUCUUGUCAUCUAAAUUGUAUGAAAACAAUUGUAUCAUUAUGGUUAAACUAUUGGAAGAGAGCGCGUCUACAGAAUCCAGUUCCAAUUUUGAUAUCUUUGCAAAAACUCUUACUGGAAAGACGAUCACGAUUGAAGUGAAUUCUUCCAUGGAUAUAUCUACUGUCAAACAACUGAUUCAAGAUCAAGAUGGUAUUCCUCCAGAUCAGCAACGUUUAAUAUUUGCUGGAAGUCAACUAGAAGACGAGCGAACUCUCUCACACUAUAAGAUCCAAAAGGAAAGUACGCUUCACUUAGUAUUACGUUUGCGCGGUGGUAUGUUUCAUUUUACAAGUGGGCGACAUAAUUUCGAUGAAUUACCAUCCGCACAAGCUGAAGCAAUAAGAAACGUUCUUGUAUUCAAAUUUGAGCAUAUUGAUCAUUUUGAAAAUUUGGCACUGCCUGAUCUACAAAAUUCCGUUUUACGAUCACAAGCCUUACUCUUAGAAUUACCCUCUGAAAUUAAACACUAUUCGGCGCCCCACGAUGUUCCAAAUUUUAAAAAUAUGAUAUUGCCAAAUGUUUCUGAUGAUGAAGAUGAAGAUAGUUAUGAUUUUCUCGAUGAUUAA